AUUUGAACGGCGGAGACUCCGCCCUUUCCCCUUGGAAGCUUUGGGGAGCCGAACGAGGGGCCCGGACGGUGGCAGAGUGGGACCAUGAUUCCUGCGUUGGCGGUCGCCUGGCGAGGGCUGUUGGGGGGCUCGGGCUUCAGCACUGCCUUUUCUCGGAGUAUGCAAACAGGUGUCCAGAGAUUUCAGAGGUUACUGGAGAACUCAGACUCGGCGACAGACAAAGAGCUGGAUGCUGUACAGCCAAAGGACUUCAGCUAUCUCCCUCCAGUCCUGGGAAAAGAAAGCUCCUUGCGGUGGGAUGGGAAGAAGUUUGAAGAGAUUCCAAUAGUGCAUAUCAAAGCUACCUACAAUAACACUCACAUCCAGGUUUUCACAGCUGAGAAGGUCCCUCUGGUCCUGCUAACCUGUGGCUUCAUGGGAUUCAAGAAUGCAAAGAAGUCCACAGCUAUUGCAGCACAAACAACUGGAAUGGCAGUAGCAGCUAAAGCAUCUAAAAAGGGUGUGCACCACGUACGAGUUGUUGUGAAAGGCCUGGGACCUGGGCGAUUGGCAGCCAUCCAAGGAUUAACCCUAGGUGGGUUGGAGGUGAUCUCCAUCACGGACAACACCCCGGUUCCUCACAAUGGCUGCCGCCCUCGGAAAGCACGAAGGCUGUGAGGGGAAUGGAGCAGGUGAGAGAAAGAGAAGAGACCGUGCCUGGAUCUCAAAUAGCUUACAUGGCAAGCUGUGCAUCUUUCUGCAACUUUCAGAACAGAGACAGGCUUGGGUUUUGCCCACAGGAAGGCAAACCAGAGACUAUGUUUAUAAAGUAUGUAUAUUAAACUGUUGCCUCCAUCUCAAAA